UCCAAUGUCAAGGCACCUGCUAUUCGGGAUCUUUCCCAAAGAACAACCAAGUCAUCAAGGGAAAACAUCUCAGAGGAUACUCCUACAAGAACAUUACCACURAUGUUCCACGCACGUGCUUCUCGUCCUGUAUCAAUGAUUGUCGUUGUAAGUCGUUCCAGAUGAAAGAUGUCAGGUGUGAGUUGCUGGAUGAGGACAAGGCUUCCAAGGCAGCAGACUUUGUAGAUGAGACAGGAUACGUGUACUAUGAUCUACAGCAGACACUCUAUAAAGGGAACUCCUUCACCGUUCGGUCUUCGGAUGUUUGUUACAAUGGUUGCUGUAGAACUCAGCCUUGUUUAAACGGAGGAACCUCUGUAGAACACUGUGAGAAACCAAAAGUCAAGUUCAGCUGCAAAUACCCAGCCACUUACAAAGGAAACAUCUGUGAAAAGAGAGAGUUCAGUUCCUGCAUUGAUGUCUUCAACGGAACUGCACCAGGUACCAUACCAGCAAAUGGUACCUACAUUAUCACCCGUAGUGAUACCAAGACUACUGUACCCGUCUAUUGUGCCUUUGAAAGUCCCAACCAGGCCUGGACUGUCAUCGAAUCUUUCUCUCUUCAAAAUAAAGAUUAUUUUAAGAAUCAAGGCUUGCAUCAGGAUUACCCUAAAAAUCAGGAAUCCUUUAGCUGGAACCACUAUCGUCUGUCGCUAGGCAACAUGAAGUAUUUUCAAUCGAGGUCCAGCUUGUUCAGAGCUACAUGUGACUAUGACAAAAGGUCAUCUCUUACUCCUGACUUUCUGCUUGGCUUGUUGAGGGUAAUGGACAUCACGUCAUCAGAACCAUUCAAUAACAAGUGUAAAAAAUACCUUCAUAUCAACAUCAAUGGAGAUGAAUGCUUUAACUGCACUACUAAGUCCUAUAAGCCUGCCAAUGAACACUUCCACAUAGACCCCAGUGGAUGCCAGUUCAAUCCUACCAGUGACUUUCCAGUUGCCGAUUAUUUUGGGUUUUACCUUGCAAUUGAUCCAGUAUUCAAAUGCACUGCAACACAACAGUCUACCACACAGUGGUGGUUAGGGGAACAGCAAUAGGGUGACCACACAGAAAAAAUCUACUGACCUUGGAAUAUGGGAACUUAUUACUAUGGUAACAAUAGUCCAGUAUCCAAAUACACUGCAACACAACAGUCUACAACACAGUGGUAGUUAGGAGAACAGCAAUAGUGUGACCACACAGCACAAUUACUGACAUUGGGAUAUGGGAGCUUGUUGCUAUGGUAACAAUAACCCAGUAUUAAAAAACGCUGCAGCAUGCACAUGUACACUAAACCACACAGUUUUGGUUUAUAGGAGAAAAGUAAUAAGGUGACCACACAUCGCAUUGACUGACCUUGAGAUGUGGGAACUUGUUACUAUGGUAACACUAACCCAGCAUUCAAAUACAACUGAGUGCAAGACAUCUUGUAUUCAAGGAUGAAAAAUUUGAACUUUCAAGGACAUUUUCAAAACAUUCGAUUAAUUAAAGAUGUUUUGUUGUUGUUGUGCUCAUAAAAAUUGUAUCCUUCAUUUAUUCGUGGUUACACAUAUGACAUUCCCCACAUAUUUUUCCAGGGGUAACCAGAGGAAGCCCAUUUAAAUAAACAACAUUUCCAUAAUAACACUGUCUUUUCAAUAAACUAGUUUUUUCCUGAUGUUCUAUAUUUAUUCAUUUUUUUUCUUCAUUAUUUCAUUUUCAAACCUCACAGCGUUGACAAAGAAUAUUUUUACUUUUCAAGGAGCAUUCAAGGACUUUUUAAUGAUUUUUACUUUUUCAAGAGCUUUUCAAGUUCCAUUGAAUUUGUAUCAUAAAUAGGAAGGCUUUUCAAGAGCUUAAAAUAUUUGUUAUUAUUAUUUUUUUGUUAUCUUUUAUUAAUUUUAUAGAAAGUAUGGAGGUACCAUGGCUUAUUAGGCCUUAUUCUGAGCACAAAGAGCAAUGACCGUGUGGCGUUAGUCAUUCCAAGGUUGAGUAAAAGAUUGGGUCAAGUUGUAUUCACAGUGCAUUUUGGGGCUGUUUUAGGGGAUGAAAUAGACGCCAUCUUGGUAAUAUGUCCCCUAAAACAGUCCCACAAUGCAAUACCACCUCGACCCAGUCUUUUCCUCAACUUAGGAACGGCUAAUUGGAGCCAUAAAAUUACACUGAAUCCAGAAAACUUGCACUUAGGUGUUAUAUCACUUGGAUACUAUUUGCCCUGAAAUGCUGCACCAUGUGUUUGAGUUAACCAAUCAUAUCAUAGAGUGAAAACUGUCAUUAGCCAAACACGAGAUGGUAGACUCAGUAUUGAAUCAGCCAGCAAAAGUGGUCCUGCCCUGCCUGAGUUAGUGUGUCUAAUCUGCACUGUAAUAUGUGGGAGUGGUUUUACUUAGGACACGAAAAUUAGUUAGUACUUAGACUAGAGUGCAAACAAUUAAUCCGUGAAACACUAAUUACUAAGUAGUACAAGAUAGUGCUAAUUAAACAAAAAAACAAUGGCAUUUGCAUGAAAUUGUGCUAUUUAUUAUUGCUAAAGUUUCACGGUUAUAUUGUUUGCACUCUAAUAGAAUAAAUUUGACUAUUAUACACUAACUACUAGAAGCUAUUUCACAGUCUGAGGAAAAUCACUCUUACCAGGCUAUUCAACUAAUUUUAUGAUCUUCAAUAUUGACUAGAAUUAGGGAAUAUUGACCAACUGACAAAAGCUGGCUAUAGUCCUUAAUUUUUCUCAUUCUGGAAAUAAGUUAAUAUUUAAUAUAUUCAAUCUGUGAGUUAGAUGUGCCCUGACUUAGAUGAGCCCAGAGGUCAUCCAGGGUAUCAAUCUGUGAGUUAGCGUUUCCCUGACUUUUAUCAGCACAGAGGCUGUUUCAGGGUAUUGAUAAAAUUUGAAUGUUUGAAGAUUUUGAAGGUCAUGAAUGUGUUGUAAAAUAAUCUUGACCACAGUUCAUUCAUUUGUUCAUGGCAGCUUAGCUACUGUGUAUAUACUAACUUAAGCUAUUCUUUUGCUUGAUCCAAAUAUAAUAUAUACAGUGUUCCCAACAAUACAUAUAACUGCUGUUAGCUGGAAUACGACAUGCCAGCUUUCUGUUGCAUGUAGAAUAUAGCCUGUAAAAUAAACACCGAUGAUUCCUAGAAAAAAUAAUGGAAUGAAACAUAAGAUGAGAUAAGAAAAACGAGACAGACUAAAAAUAGACUAUCAACAGGCAAAAAAAUGGAAGGAUGCACAACAACACGAAGGAAUUAACAAAAAUAUAAUGAAGAAAACAA